AACAGCACUUCUCUUCACGGUCAAUGAUUCCAUAACGAGAAUUUUGUUUAAAAUGACUGAACAUUGGUCUUUCGACGGUAGAUCUGAUCCAACGCUUGUUCUAGUGCUAUCGGUCACCGCAAUUCAACAACAAUGAAGUUUAUCGUGGUUCUUCUGACGGUUCUAAAUUGUACUGUGCUGAUUUACGCACAGCAGGAGUGUCUCACGCCACCCAACAUGGCCGAUCCUAGACAAUGCUGUGCGAUCCCUCACACCACCUCUCAUAGGGAAGUGUUUGCCAAGUGCAUGCAGAAACAUCCGAUCCCAAUGGUGGCUGCACCUGCAGGAGGUCCUCCUCCCGGCGCCAACUGUCUCGCAGAGUGCGUCUUGGAAGAGCAGGGCUUGCUCUCCAACGGAAUCAUCAGCAAGGAUGUCGCCCUGAGCCAUCUCCUGGCUGAGGUUGGAUCGUCGGCGGACUGGCAAACGGUAGCGAGGAACUCUGUCGAAGCAUGCUACUCCCAGGUGUCCGCCUUGGGGACCCAGAAGGAUGCCAACGGAUGCAGUUCCAUCGCAGGAGCCUUCAUGGAAUGUCUUCCGACCACGCUAUUCAAGAAAUGUCCAACAUCUUCGUGGACCGCCAGCCCCGAAUGUGAACAACAGAAGGCUCAUCUGGAGAAAGGAUGUUCGCUUAUGUCAUUGAUUAAAAAGCCUGGAAUGUAAAGCUAGUUGAAGCCGUUUCACCAAUAUCUCUCGGACACAAGACGGUUGCAUAUUACUCAAUUUUCUAUAGCGAAAUAAAGAUUAAUGUUUGUUGCAGCGGUUAGUUAUGGUUGUAUUUGAAGAACCUUUUUUCUAUUUUUGGACGGCUUGUGUUGAUGUUAUCAACAACUCGGAUCGAUGGAAACAACAAUAACUUUUUUUUUGAAACAACAACUCAGAUCGAUGCUCGUCUCUAAUGCUGUAAUCCUCAUAUUCAAAAUAUCGAAAUCAUUUUCACAGUUUAUCACUUGGAGUAGUGUGAUAUCGUCAUAAACAUCCAGAAAUAUGCGAUUGUUCUCAGCUGCACGUUUUCUUCUAGUUUAGUUGUAUAUUAAAGCGCUAUUUGGUUCGAACAAAAGUGGUCAUUCA